AUGGAUGUUGUUACAACACAAAGUAAACAUAAGAUUGGUGUGAUUGUAUCAGGUGCCAGAGACACCAGAAUUGGAAAUUCAAUUACCGAAUGGAUUCUUAGGACUGUGCCGAAAUCAGAUUUUAUAGAGUAUAGCGUGAUCGAUUUGAAGACAUGGAAUACAAGUGCUCCAACGCCAAUGUUUGAAUUUACCGCCAGCACUGCUCAUAGCAAUACCACGAAAAUCAAUGAAGCGACUACCAGUCGAUGGAGUCGAGAGGUUGCAGAGAAAUCCGGUUUUAUUUUCAUUACACCAGAGUAUAACUAUGGUUAUCCUCCAUCAAUCAAAAAUUGUUUAGAUCAUGUACGUCAAGAAUGGAAUGGUAAACCUGCAGUAUUAAUAUCAUAUGGUUUUAGUGGAGGAGCAAGUGCUGCAUCCCAUUUGAAACCAGUGUUGGUAGACUCACUGCUAAUGAAGAUAUUAGAUAUACAGCCACAACUCGUUAUAAACUAUGAUAUUCUAGACAAAACAACUGGACAAUUCUUUGAUAUCAAUGGAUGCUUCAAACAAUAUGAACCUAUUAUUUGUAAAUCUAUAUUUGAAUUAUAUAAUCUUUUAAACACUAAUAAUAGUGAUAUUGAUAGUAAUAAUAAUAAUAAUAACAAUUGUAAUAAUAAUAGUAGUGAUAGUAGUAAUACUACACCUAUUCAAUUCUUUUAA